CGCCGAUCUGCAAACUCUGCAUUUCGGCAAACUGGACUUCGGGGAGACGUCGGUACUCGACCGUUUUUUACAACGCGGAUAUUGCUGUGGUGGAAAUGAGCGAUGCUUUCCGUCAGCCCUCCCUCUUCUAUCAUCUGGGAGUUCGAGAGAGCUUCAGUAUGGCCAACAACAUUAUUCUCUACUGUGAUACAAACACAGAUUCUCUGCAAUCACUGAAGGAAAUUAUCUGCCAGAAGAAUAAUAUGUGCACUGGCAAUUAUAUAUUUGUUCCAUAUAUGAUAACUCCCCAUAACAAAGUCUAUUGCUGUGACAGCAGUUUCAUGAAGGGAUUGACUGAAUUGAUGCAACCCAACUUUGAACUGUUGCUGGGACCAAUAUGCUUACCCUUAGUUGACCGCUUUAUUCAGCUCUUGAAGAUGGCACAAGGCAGCUCAAGCCAAUACUUCAGGGAAUCAAUUCUUAAUGAUAUCAGAAAAGCUCGUAACUUGUACACUGGGAAGGAAUUAGCUGCAGAAUUAGCCAGGAUAAGACAAAGGGUGGAUAACAUUGAGCUUUUGUCUGCUGACAUCGUGAUAAACCUGCUGUUAUCUUACAGGGAUAUUCAGGAUUAUGAUUCUAUUGUCAAAUUGGUAGAGGCAUUAGAAAAACUUCCAACCUUUGACUUGGCUUUGCAUCAUCAUGUGAAAUUUCAUUAUGCAUUUGCACUGAAUAGACGAAAUCUACCUGGUGACAGGCAGAAAGCUCUAGGUAUCAUGAUACCUCUAGUGGAGCAAGAGAGCCAAGUUGCUUCUGAUAUGUACUGUCUUGUGGGGCGAAUUUAUAAAGAUAUGUUCUUGGAUUCUGGGUUUACAGACACUGAAAGUCGAGAUCAAGGAGCUUUGUGGUUCAAGAAGGCAUUUGAGUCAGAACCAUCAUUGCAGUCAGGAAAUUAUGCAGUCCUCCUCUUGGCUGCUGGGCAUCUUGAUACCUCUUUUGAAUUACGGAAAGUUGGAGUUAAAAUAAGCAGCCUACUUGGGAAGAAAGGAAACUUGGAGAAAUUGCAAAGUUAUUGGGAAGUAGGCUUUUUCCUGGGAGCCAGCGUCUUGGCAAACGAUCACACGAGAGUGAUCCAUGCCUCAGAAAAGCUAUUCAAGUUGAAGACACCAGCAUGGUAUCUUAAGUCCAUUGUGGAAACCAUUUUGAUAUAUCAGCACUUUAAGAAGCUAAAUCCAGAUCAACAAGUAGGCAAAAAUGAACUUGUAGACUUUUGGAUGGAUUUUCUAGUUGAGGCUACAAAGACGGAUGUCUCUGUAGUUAGAUUUCCCGUUUUGAUAUUGGAACCUACAAAAAUCUAUCAACCUUCGUACUUGUCGAUAAAUAGUGAAGCUGAAGAGAAGACAGUCUCUAUUUGGCAUGUUAUGCCUGAUGAUAAGAAAGGUAUUCAUGAAUGGAACUUCAGUGCUGAAUCUAUAAGAGGAGUAAGCAUUUCAAAAUUUGAAGAACGAUGCUGUUUCCUGUAUGUACUACACAAUUCAGAUGACUUCCAAAUCUAUUUCUGUACAGAACAUCACUGCAAAAAAUUUUUUGAAAUGGUUAAUAGCAUCACUGAAGAAAUAGGAAAAAACACAGAGGAAGGUGAAUGUGAUGGAGAUUCUCUGGAGUAUGAUUAUGAAUAUGAUGAAAAUGGUGAUCGAGUCAUUCUGGGGAAAGGCACUUAUGGCAUAGUUUAUGCAGGACGAGAUCUGAGCAAUCAAGUCAGAAUUGCCAUAAAAGAAAUCCCAGAAAGAGAUAGCAGGUAUUCUCAGCCUUUACAUGAAGAAAUAGCUUUACACAAACACCUCAAACACAAGAACAUUGUUCAGUAUCUUGGUUCAUUUAGUGAAGAUGGUUUUAUUAAAAUAUUCAUGGAACAGGUACCAGGAGGCAGCCUUUCAGCUCUUCUGCGAUCAAAAUGGGGACCAUUGAAAGAUAAUGAACAGACAAUUGGUUUCUACACCAAACAGAUUCUUGAAGGAUUAAAAUACCUCCAUGAUAAUCAAAUUGUGCAUAGAGAUAUAAAGGGGGAUAAUGUUCUUAUCAACACAUACAGUGGAGUGUUAAAGAUUUCAGAUUUUGGCACAUCAAAGAGGCUUGCUGGAAUCAAUCCUUGCACUGAGACUUUCACAGGUACUCUUCAGUAUAUGGCACCAGAAAUAAUUGAUAAAGGACCAAGAGGUUAUGGAAAGGCUGCAGAUAUCUGGUCCUUAGGCUGUACAAUUAUUGAAAUGGCCACAGGAAAGCCUCCAUUUUAUGAACUAGGAGAACCACAAGCAGCCAUGUUUAAGGUUGGAAUGUUCAAAAUACAUCCUGAGAUUCCAGAAUCCAUGUCAGUGGAGGCAAAAGCUUUUUUGCUGAGGAGCUUUGAACCUGAUCCAGACAAGAGGACCUGUGCUAAUGAGCUUCUUGUAGAUGAGUUCUUAAAAGUCACCAGCAAAAAAAGAAAGUCACAGUCAAAAUUAACAGCUCUGACAGCUGGAUCAAAUGAAUAUCUUCGAAGCAUAUCCUUGCCUGUUCCUGUUCUUGUAGAAGACACAAGCAGUAGCAGUGAAUAUGGUUCAGUUUCACCUGACAAUGAGUUGAAACUUGAUCCCUUCUCCUUUAAAAUGAGAGCCAAAUCCUGUGGUGAUAAGGAAGGAAAAGGACUAAGGUCUCUUUUCCUAAGCAUCCCAGAUGAGAAUUUUGAGGAUCACAGUGCUCCUCCUUCACCAGAAGAGAAGGAUUCUGGCUUUUUUAUGCUAAAAAAGGACAGUGAACGAAGAGCUACCCUUCACAGAAUUCUAACAGAAGACCAGGAUAAGGUAGUGAGAAAUCUGAUGGAAGCCUUAGCUCAGGGUCCUGAAGAGCUUAAGUUGAAAUGGGAACACAUUACAACUUUAGUUGCUAGCCUCCGAGAAUUUGUAAGAUCUACAGAUCGCAAAAUCAUUGCAAAUACACUUUCAAAGCUGAAACUGGAGCUGGACUUCGACAGUCAUGGCAUUAGCCAAGUUCAGUUAGUACUCUUUGGUUUUCAAGAUGCAGUGAAUAAAGUUCUACGAACCCACAAUAUUAAACCACAUUGGAUGUUUGCACUGGAUAGCAUAAUCCGCAAAGCUGUGCAGACGGCUAUUACUAUUUUAGUACCUGAGUUGAGGACGCACUUCAGCUUAGCAUCUGAGAGUGAUAAUGCAGAUCAAGAUGAGAUUGAAGCUGAAGAGGAACAUGCUCAUGACCCAGCAGUUCAAGGUCCUUGCCUUGUAUUGGAUGAUGCAGUAGCUACCUCAGGAGUGAGCACCCUUAGUUCAACAGUAUCUCAUGAUUCUCAGGCUGCCCAGAGAUCUCUCAAUGUUCAACUUGGGAGGCUGAAAUUGGAAACUAAUAGAUUACUAGAAGAGCUAGUGCAGAAGGAAAGAGAAUUUCAAGCCCUCCUGCACCAUGCUAUAGAAGAAAAAGAAAAGGAGAUCAAACAUCUAAAGCUUAAGACUCAACCAUUAGAUAUUCCUGGCUUGUCUGUUUCUCACUUUAGUACACAGGACAGAGGAAUUGAGGAUCCAGAUCUUAUUAAUUGGCUGAGAAUUCAUGGUGCUGACAAAGAAACUAUAAACAGGUUUCUAGCAGAAGAAUACACACUGACGGAUGUACUCUGCUAUGUUACCAGAGAUGAUUUAAAAUGCCUUAGACUCAGGUAA